AUGUGUUUGGCGAUGUUCCAUGCUGGGGGUUAUGUCGCCACCUGUUCCCUGGCAACUGAGGAGUUCGUGCGGAGUACCGCCUUUGAGACCAGCGUUGCGGCCGUAAUCCUGAUGAAUUGCGCGACAAUCGGAAUCGAGGUGAACUCCAUGGUAGACACUGUCUCAGAUGAGUUGCUACAGUUGGCCAAUAUUUGCGAGCACGUCUUCUGCGCGUUCUUUUUGCUGGAGUUCUUUGGCAGGCUGUGCUUCUUGGGCUGUCGAACGUACUUGCCCUGCGUCCCGAGCGCUGUGUCCACGGGGGAGCAGGUACAGAACUUCAUGGAUGGCUGCUUGGUUUGGGGGACUGGAGUCUUCAUGUCAUGGAUCGUUCCUCUCGUUGGGAUUAGCGCCGGGAAGCUGCGCAUUUUCACAGUCCUCCGGGCCUUCCGGCUGCUGCGGUUGGUGCGGGUCGUGCGCAAGCUGCCGGCCUUCAACGAGGUGUACCUGCUCAUCCGAGGGCUCUCGGCCUCAACACGGACCUUGUUCUGGACAGUUGUGGUAGUGUUCCUCAUCACUUACAUUUUUGCGAUCUUCGGAGUAGUUCUGAUUAGUGCUGAAGUGCUGGCUGCCUUGGAUGUGGUCAGCAACGAUCCCCUGGCAGACAGCAGGGAGCUGGAGGACCUGGAAAUGCUGAAGGACUCUACUGGAAGCCUCACAGCUUGGAUGUUUACCUUGAUCCAAGUGCUGACGCUGGAUUCCUGGAACGGCAUCGCCCGGCCGCUUCAGAGGUAUGUGCCCGGCUCUUGGAUUUUCUUCUACUCCUACAUUGCUGUCGCAGUCAUCGUCUUUAUGAAUUUGGUGACUGCGGUCAUUGUCGAGAAUGCUUUGAGCCAUUCCAAACAGGACGAAGAGACCCUUCUGGCGCAAAAAGACCUAGAAGAGAAGCGGCUCCUGAAGACUUUCCGAGCCCUCUUCGAGGUCAUGGAUGAGGACAACUCCGGGACACUGACUUUGGAAGAGUUCCAGAGCGCCUUCGAGACCAAGGAGGUGGCCACCAAGCUGAAGCUGCUGGGCUUCAAGGAGAUGGACUGCCAGUCUAUCUUUAACCUGCUGGACGAGGGCGAUGGCUCUUUGACCAUCGACGAGUUCUUCGAAGGGUUGCAAGAGAUGAAAGGACCAGCGCAGGCGAAGCAGUGCUUCAUGAUGCGGAAGCGGGUAGAGCAGAUUUGGAACCUACUCAUGCAGUUCUCGCACGAAGUCGACCAAGACUUGAACGACAUUGUCCAGGGCCAGAAGAGGCAGCGGAUGGGCUCAUUGCUACAGCGCGCGAGGCAGGUCAGCAGAAGCCUGACCCCCUCGACUCUGGGCAAAGGCGUUCUCUCGCCAAAAUCGCCAAAGCCAACGGCGCCAGUGAAAGGCUCGCACGAGUCUCUGCGCAUUGACGGCAUUCUCAGCAUCAAGAGCAACGGAGCGUCUCCAUUAGCCGUGGCUCCGGCGGGCUCAUUGCGGUCUGACGGCGGGCAGCUGGAGCGCCUGGAGAACAUGGGCCGGGAGCUGCGCGCAGAGAUGCACUCCAUGACUGCCAGGAUGCAGAAGAUGGAGGCGGUGUCCAUGAAGAUGUUGCAGCGGGUGGAAGAGCUCGCCUUUGAGGGGGCGCAGCUCCAGCAAGGCGCAACGAUUUCGGAAGCAUCGCAGAAGACAAUGCGCCGCGAAUGCUCCUGCGCGGUGAGCAGGGUGUGA